GUCGCAUCAGAAUAAGUAUUAAAAAAGGUUGAAGUUAAUGGUUAUAAUAUACAGCGUCAUUUUUAGGGCGUCCCACAUGUGGGGUGUCCCGGAUGUAGGUGUGGGACGUUAUAUGGCAUCAUAAAAAAUCGCCCAGCCCCACAAGUUUCACCGCAGUCACCAUCGUUUUCCAGCAGAAACACAACAUUCGCGGGCAGUCAAUCGUCCCUUAUUGCGACUUGAUCAUCUUGACGGUCGAAAUCAACACCUAUUGUUCCCAUCGACACAUCUCACGCCGACUAGCAGCAAUAAUGCCUGUCCUAACCAACUUCACCCUCCCUAGCUCGCCGACCUUCGUCUCUUUGCCUUAUCCCACAAAGGCAGAUGGUCCCCAACCCAAAGCAAGGCUGUACAUUGCAUUCAUGGCUUCGGUCGAUCCCGUGACGAGGCAGCCCUGGUGUCCCGAUGUCCGUGCCGCGCUGCCCGUUAUCCAAGCCGCCUUCUCGGAGGGAGGGCAUACACCAGACGAGGAGGUCGCAUUGGUAGAGGUCGGUCAAAAAGAUGAAUGGCGCGAACCAAGAAAUGAGUUUCGCAACACAUGGAACAUCAGCAAUGUGCCGACUUUGGUUCGGUUUGAGCGUAUGGAUGGACAAGUGAAGGAGACGGGGCGGUUGGUGGAAGGAGAGAUCCUGGAUGACAAGAAGCUGAAGGCAUUCAUUGGCAGAUAGCCUCGCAGGGGAUGAGGCUGGUAGCAAUGAAGAUAGUUAUGAUCAAGAGGGACCUUGGGCGUGCGGUUUUGUGUCGUCGCAGAUGAUGCUCAGCCAGAGCAGUUAGCAGUGGUGCUGUUGUAUCGAGCUAACCGCCUGGUGUUUUUGACACUGGUAGCCAAGGAAAAUUUGAUCGGAUGGAGAAUUGAUGCCUUCAAGCAUACUAAACAGGUCAAUUAAGAGCCUGAGUUGCAACCCCAUAGUGUUUUAUUGUCUAUCCACCGCCCUGGUUUGAAGGCAAACAAUCCAUGUGAACUGAGGGAUUCAGUCCUCUAUUGAUGACCCUGCGUAGAUCUGUGUUGAUUGAUCUGUCUAUCUGCUUUGUUGUG